AUGGUCCAGGACCUCGUCCGGAGGGGCAUGAAUUCAUCCAAAGACCGUGACCGGAACGGCCCCCAGUCCACCCCGGCACCGGCCUCAGGACCCGGCCCCACCAAGUCCACCGGGACCGUCAACGCCGUGCCGACACCACCGACGGACUCGGAACCACUCCAGAGCGGAAGCAGCAGCACCGGCGAUGACUCCCCAGCCCCGAUUGCUAUCGACGGAGACGACGCCUACUACGGCGCAACGCACUGGACCGCUCUCCUCCAUCACAUCCGCGAGAUCAAAACGGCCCUUGAGCCGGAUCCUACCGUUGCUCCUGAACCUCCCGAAGGUGGCGCCUGCUCCAUCGGCCCAGACUUCCUCUUCGGCGCCGUCGUGCCCGUCUCCCUGCCGGAGGUUCUCUACAGCCUCCCGCCACGACAGGACCUCGAGAAGCUACUCGGCGUCUACUUCAACGCUAGGUUCACCGCCGUGCCCUUUAUCCACGUCGGCCGCUUCCAACGCGAGUACGCCGCUUUCUGGGCCAACCCGGAGUCGAUGAGCUGGCUCUGGAUCAGUAUCUUGUUUUCCAUAAUAUCAAACGCCACCGUCAUCGUCCGCGGUAAGGGUAACGCCGAAGCACUCGGCCUCAACCCUGCAAAGCUCAAAGAGGCCUCGGCGUAUUCGGGUCGCGCGGUGCAGUGCCUCAUCAAGGGCAACUACCUCGCCGCGAGACCCUACUCAGUCGAAGCGACGCUCCUCGUCGCCUACUCCCGCGUACUAGGCAGCAGGGACAUGGACCCGGUCCUCUGGAACAUGUUCGGCGUCGCCACGCGCCUGGCCCAGCGCCGCGGCUACCAUCUCGAGCCCUCGCACCUCUCGGUACCCAUCACCCCCUUUGACGCCGAGAUGCGCCGCCGCGCCUGGUUUUACUGCGAGGCGUUUGACCUCCUGCUGUCCUUCCAGCUCGGCAUGCCGGCCAUCGUCCACGAAGGCGACAACGACGCCGUCGGGCCCGAGAACCACCCGGACGAAGACUUUGACGAGAACACGACGACGAUGCCGCCGCCUCGCCCGCCGACGGAAGCCACGCCUUCGCUCUACUACUGCUAUAAGUCGAAACUCUGCCGGAUCCUUCGGCGCGUCAUCCGCCACGCCCUAUCCCCCGCGCAGCCCGCCUACGCCGAAACCCAAGUCCUCAACGACACCUUGCACGCCUGGCACGCCGCCCUGCCCGCUGUGCUGCGCGUGAGGCCGAUCCGGGAGACGGGCUUCACGGAGCAGAAUCAUACGGUCAUGCAGCGGCUGAUGCUGGAGCUGAUGUACAGUAAGGCGCUGUGCGUGCUGCACCGGCGGUACCUAAGCAGGGAAAAGGGGUGCUAUAACGGGGACCCGCGCUUCGCUUCGUCGAGGGAGAUCUGCAGGGCUGCGGCGCUGCGGGUGUUGGAUUUGCAUGCCGAGUUUGAUCGGGAGGCGAGCCCCGGGGGUAGGUUGUUUGAGGAUCGGUACAUGUUGAGUAGUCUGACGUUGCAUGAUUUCAUGAUUGCUGCCAUGGUUGUUUGUUUGGAUCUGAAUGAGAGUACGGAUACGAGUGAGGAAGACUAUGAACGAAAAAUGGAGGCCCUAAAGACAGCAAGCGAGAUCUGGUCGCGGAGGUCAGACUGCUCCAAGGACGCAAGGCACGCGGCGGCGGUCCUGCGGGCCAUGGUCCAGCGCAUAUCGCGCCAGAGGAAGCAGCAGCACACCGACAACAUCACGAGCACGACGGCAACGGCUGAGACGGCAGCGAACACAGGCAGUAGUAGUUUCGAUGGCCCAUAUCGAGACCCGGCUCUGUUCAGCGAGUCGUUGGCUCUGCACUCUGGGUUUGGAGAUGUUGAUGGCUUGCGUUGUCAGACGCCAGGCCAGGGUCAGGGUUUCCUUGGAGAGGGGGCGUAUCAGAAUGAUGAGUUUGAUUUUAUGGCGUUGGAUAAUGCUUUGAACGAUCCUGCUAGUGUGGACUGGAGCAUGUUGGAUCAAUACUUGAUGCUGGACCGGGCUGGGGAACUGGCGAUGGACGUGUCCCUCGAAUAA